CGACUGAAACAUGAGGCGGCCUGGUGCAGCACAUUCAGUUGCCUGAGAACACCACAGGCGAAAGAUUCAGCUGGGUUCCAGUGUCUCCAAAACCCUGGUGUUCAAAAAGCCUGUGAAGAAAACCUUGUCGAUCUGAAAUAUGCAGUCAACAUCGUUCUCAUGUUCGAAGAGGAGGAGAAGGCAUAG